AUGAAUUUGCAUCCUGUGUUUCAUGUUUCUUUGCUAAGGAAACAUGUACCGGAUCCAAAUGCCAUUGAACGGGAGAGGCCGGAAGAGCUUAGGAGAAACCUAACUUACCCGGAGGGACCUCUCAAGAUUGGUUUGAGACGCGUUCGAGAGCUGAAGAAUCGGAGGAUUCCUCAAAUACAAGUGUAUUGGGGGAAACAAAACCGUAUGGUUUUGACUUGGGAAGAUGAGGAACGAUUUCGUUCUAACUACCCAGAGUUCUUUGAAGGAGAGGCUCAGUUGGAGCAAGGAGGACCUUCUCAUACUUAA